GAGUAAUUUUCUCACAGUUUCAAUAAAAUUGUAUUUGCGAUUGAUUGAAGUCAAUAAUAAAAAAUAAGGAAAACAUGGCCCAUAUUUCUGCUAUUCCUGAUGGAAUUAGACCCGGACUAAACAUAACCAUCAGAGGACAAGUCCAGCCAACAGGGGAAAAAUUUAGAGUUAAUCUACAAACUGGGGAGGGUAGAGGCCCUAAAGAUAUUCCUUUUCAUUGCUCCGUAAGGCUGAAUGAAGGUGUAAUUGUGAGAAACAGUAAAAGCAAUAAUGUUUGGGAUACAGAAGCUAGAGAUGGAUCUUUAAGCCUUCGUCCGGGACAAAGAUUUGUGAUAAAUAUUUCUGUUGAAGUUGAUAAAUAUGUUGUGUCAAUCAAUGGUCAAUUUUUCUGCGAGUACCCACACAGAAUCCCUCUGAACCAAGUGAGCCAUCUUAGCGUUUACGGUGACUGUUCUGUAGAAUCUGUUACGUUUAAAGCCAGACAACCUUCAGAGCAACGUUUCCUUACCACAACAACUGAGUAUUUAUAUUCUGCUGUCUGAAAAUUACAUAAAUUCGGAGCGUUUUAUAAUUAAAGAGUACCUAUUAUUAUCUAGCAACAGAUUUAACUAUUCCGUAAAAUGUUAUAUUGAAAAAAUAAAAACUUCAUUCUUUAAAAUAUA